GUACCGAAACCAACAAAACAAAAACAACACGGACCUCUGAUGGAGCGGCACCAGGAAGCAGGAUGGGAAUGCAUACUCGAGUGGAUUGUUGCUGAUAUUUUCUCAGUCUGCAAACCGGGUCAGCCUUAUGGUGUGGAUUAAAAUCUUUGAUAUUUUACUGAUGAAUGAACACGAUGGCUGUUAGAGCAGUUGGCGUCGGAGGAAUGGCAUCCUUGUCUCGGUUUAAAGGUGCACUGGUCGGAGCUGUGUUGGGGGACUGUGUUGGCGGCGAGUUUGAGGGAGCGGAGGAGGUGCCCAUGGAAAACGUCUUGAGGCAUUUGAAUGGUCUGGACAAUGAGACUAAAGGAGAUGGUACCCUUGAGUACAGUGAUGAUACUGCAAUGGCCCGGUGUGUGGUCCAAUCUUUGCUAACCAGGGCUGGUUUUGAUGAACAGGACAUGGCUCGCAGGUUCGCUAAGGAGUACAGUCUGGCUCCAGGUCGGGGCUACGGAUCUGGGGUGAUCCAGGUGUUAAAGAAGCUGUCUUCCUCGCAGCUCAGCGACGUCUACCAGCCCGCCAGGGACCAGUUCAAUGGCCGCGGCUCCUUUGGGAAUGGUGGGGCAAUGAGAGUGGCUCCUUUUGCACUGGCUUUCCCAGACCUCUCCGACGUUAAGAAGUAUAGCCGCUCCGGAGCCAUGCUGACACACUCCUGUUCACUGGGCUAUAAUGGCGCGGUCCUGCAGGCCCUGGCCGUCCACCUGUCCCUGCAGGGGGCGCUAGAGCUGCCCGCUCAGUUCUUGGAUAAGCUCAUCAGCGAGAUGGAGGAAGUGGAGGACGAGGAGGCCUCGCGCAACGACGCCAGGGCGUUGAAGGAGGCGGAGAAGCCUUUUUGCGAGCGUCUUUAUAGACUCAGAGACCUUAUGGACAGGAGCAAGGUCAGCAUAGAGGAGGUCAUAUGUGAACUGGGUAAUGGCAUCGCAGCGCUCCACUCCGUGCCCACCGCCAUCUUCUGCGUGCUCCACUGCCUGCAGCCGCGGGAGAGCCUGCCGCCGCACUACGGGGGCCUGGAGAGGACAAUGGCCUACAGCCUGGCCCUGGGCGGCGACACGGACACCAUAGCCUGCAUGGCGGGCGCCAUCGCCGGGGCCCACUACGGCAUCGAGGUCAUCCCCGAGGCCUGGAUGAAGUGCUGUGAGGGCGCCAAGGAGGCCGAGGUGACGGCGCAGCGACUGCACGCGCUCUACCACCAGCGGGCCCAAGGGGGCGCCAGCGCGCCGGGCAGGGGAGGAGGCCUGGGGGGCGAAGCACCAGCGACCGGGGACGAACCGCUCUGAGGCUCCACCAGAGGAGCGGGGAGCGAGGCCAGCGGACUAGAACAAAGAGACACGACAAGGGGGGCGAGGGAUGGGCGAAGGUCACUUACACAAACAAGUGUUUUUUCUUAUUUUUUUAUAUGCCCAGCUUAACGAUUUCCUCCUGAUUUAGCAUACAUAACCCGGUUGAUAUGAGAAAAUUAUUUAACUGAAUUUAAUAAUUGUUAAACGGUUGCUUCUUGCUUUAAAAGCCUCAUCAACUGUGGUCAUUUGCCAUGUGUGCCAGAAUUUCAUGGCAACCAAAAUGAUCGGUUGGUUCAAUUUGAAAGAAAUUAAGAAUUUGCAAGCCACACGUAUAUCUUAUUUAAAUAGGAAAAGUGUAGGGAUCCGCACAGCUGGCUCUCCCUGGCAAAAUUACAAUUAUCCUUCAGAUAAAUAAUAAUUAUAGUGUGUACAUACACUCCCACUGUUUACAUAGCACACCUCUCCUUACCCUAUUUCCAUCCUCCUUGUGGUUCUGAUGAACAAUAUUUUGGCAUGUCAAAGUUGCACUAUCAAGUAUGAAUCGACCAUGACUUGUUUAAUGGUGAACCUUAACGGUUGUCAGUGUUUCUUUUUAUUGUUACAUUUACUUCAUUUGUGGGGUAUAGUGCGAUUCCACAACUUAAAAUGUCUUUUUCCAACAGUGUAAUUUAAAUCAAUGUUCUAUACUUGCAGUGUAAUUCGUAACAUCUCAAAUAAACUUUUAUGUAUAUUUCAGAACGGUUGCUGCCUAGUCAUGGUGCCACAUCCCAUUUUAAUUUUUUACUGGUGUGGUUAGAUCGAAACUGAGCUUUCUUCAAUUACACUGGGUCCAGUUUUUAUCAGUAAUCAGAUCUGUAGAUUAAAAGCCUUGUAAGAUCUUGUAAGUUCAUAUUCUGUUCCUCUUUGGAGAUCAAUCUGACAAGGGUCAAGAGCAUGAGUGCCAGAGUUGUUUUGCAUACAAAAGGCUGUGAUCUACUUGUAAACAAAUUGCUGUCAAGCCAAGGUCAGACUGAUACAUUGCAAAACUCAAAAAUGUACAUCAAGAGGUUCUCAGAAGAUUGCCGCCUCAUAUCUUCUGGAAGAAUUGCUUAUGUGUUGGUUAUUUAAAGAGAACUUAUAUUACCCUGGUCAAUGUGUGACACAGUGAUCUACAUUGAAUUCCUUACUCAAAGCUUUCAUCUUUCACAUUUCAAGUUUGGUAUCAUAAACAGAAUAGUUUGUACUGAAUUGUUUCUUUAAUAAAAAGGUUGGUGUUUAAAAUAACACAAUAGAAGGAUGAUGUUGAUGUUUGACAUCAGUAAACAAAUGGGUAACAAAUUGAGCUUGAAUACCCAUUUCUAGUACAGGUCAAUCACAUAAAAUAAUUGCACAUAUAAACGUCUAUAGAAAAUUGUGAAUAACAAGAAAUACACUGGUAACCAUAUUCCUAAUUUCAUUCAAAUCAAUCGAUUUUGAGGCCAGAGGUGCUCACUUUUUUCAUUCUUCCUUCCCAUCACCUGUGUCAACAUAUUUUAAGGGUAAUAGUGCCUAGAUAUUUUAGUAGUGAGAGUGACACAGUUACUGCACUAUUUAAGGAGCGUCAGCAUUUUCCAGUGCUGUCAAAAAUAAUUUUUCAGUACAGCACACAUAUCUGCACUAUAUCCCAGGAUGUGCAGUGGUUUUCACUGUCAUCGGAGUCAUCCAAUAGAGAUGGUUUGCACAUAGGAGCUAUUUAUGCAAAUUAGUUUUCUCAGGGUGACAUCUCACACGUGUCUUCUUGAUUAUGCAACCAAUACAUGUCACGCCAACUGUACUAAAAAGUGCUAUGGGAAUGAGGGCACAGGUGAGCCGAUUUAAACAUAGCCAGUGUAAGAUAAACAAACCAAAAAACAGUCCUUU